GCCAGAUUGGUGUCCAUGUUUUGGCGCGAGCCGUCUGCUUUGGCAUUCGCGCCAAGUGCUUCGUUAAAGGACAGGACCGAACAUUUCUUUGUCUAAGCUGUUUCUUAUCACAGUGCCACAUAAAUAUUUGAUUCGUUCUACUUCUUGGUUGUGGAGCCAAACAGGCUAGUUGAGUCGAGCGUAGCGGUCUGUCUUAAAGAAUCCGGGAGAUUGAGUAAAAUAAACACAAUGGGUCUAAAUCAGGGGGACCCCGAUGAAAGUGUGUAUCAAGAAUUAUGUGUGAAGUUAAAUAUGGAUAAAGAUACAGCCGAUGAAGCGUGGCAAAAUUACCAAAGAAUACGAGUAAAUUAUCUGCUGGAGGGUAAUCAACUUCAUUGGCUGGCUUGUGCUCUCUAUGUUUCCUGUCGGAAAUCAACUACACCAACUGUUGGGAGACCAGGUGAAGUGGUAGAGGGAAAUUGUGUCAGCCUGACGAGGCUCCUACGUCUCAGCAAAUUAAGUUUGAUACACUUCUUUAACAAGUGUAAGAAAUGGGCAGAUAUGGCUAGUUUGCCAGCAGAUUUCAGAGGGAAGAUUGACAGCUUAGAGAGGAAUUUUGCUGUUUCAAGGGAAAUUUUUAAGAAGUUUCAACCGAUUUUUAAGGACUUGUUUCAAGAGGCUGGCCCAGAACCCCAGCAAAAUCUGAGAACAUCAAGAAAACAAAAGAACCAGCCCUGUACACCUGCUCGUGUAUUUGAGCUCACUUGGACUCUCUUUGUUUGCGUUAAAGUUGAUUAUCCUGAUGUCAGAGACGACCUCGUUAAUUCAUAUCACAUGCUGUUAGCUUGCUGCGAUCUCAUUUUUGGAAAUGCAUUGCUAGCUGAUAGGAGAGAUCUUCUAAAUCCAGUGUUUCCUGGUUUACCCAAGGAUUUCUCGAGUCCAGACUACCAACCCCCCACAAAUGCUCCUUGCAUCAUUGAUAAAUUAUGUGAAAGUCAUGAUGGACUUCCACUGGAAGCAAAAGGAAUAAAGGCAUAUUGUUGGAAAAAUCAUAUUAAGAGGCUUUUUGAGCAAAGAGUACUCAAGGGGAAUUCUGAGAAUUUCAGUGGCAUACUUGAUGUGAACAACUUUGAUUAUAAUCUAAAAGCAAUCAACAAACAGUAUGAAGAACAUGUAUUGAAUGUAGGAGAUUUUGAUGAGAGAAUAUUUUUAGCUGAAAUUAAGCGUUUGCGGUCGUGCCUGAAAAGAAGUCAAGGUUUUACUACCCCAUCCAGACCUGUGCUCAGGGCUCUCAAUGUAGAAGGGGAUGCCGAACAGGAUAUAGGAACGUCCACUAAUCAUGGCAUUGGCGACCUCUCUGAAAAAAUGCAUGCUUUACGCCGUUUGCAAACACCAAAUGUUUCUGGGUGUAACCAACUGAUUGUUUCUACACCAUUAACAAACCGGAGAUAUCUUCGAGGAGCACAUGAUUCCAAUGAAGUCACUCCACUGAUAACUGCUACACAAAGUGUAAAUAGGUUACGUUCAUUACUCUCAGGGCGUUCUGAUGCUCCAAGUGAAAACUUAUUGGAGAUUUUCAAGUCAUGCUCAAGGGAUCCCACAGAAAAAGUUCUUGGGUUUGUGUCAGCCAUUGGACAGAAGUUCUGUGAGCGUUACUCUCAGCAAACAUCUGAUCAGGAAAAGUCCAGCAACAUGUCCAGUAUGGAUUUUGCAAAGAAAAGGUUGCAGCUUGGAGUAACACUGUACUACAAAAUUCUUGAAAACAUAAUAACUGAUGAGAGAAAACAAAAACCUCAUCUAGAUUUCAGUAAUCUUCUGGAGCAGGAAGUUUUUCAUCAAACUCUUCUAGCUUGCUGUAUAGAAAUUGUAAUUUUUGCCUACAAUGCACCAAGUCGUACAUUUCCUUAUGUAUUGAAAGCGUUGAAUGUAGAACCAUACUAUUUCUAUAAGGUUAUUGAACCCAUUGUUCGUGCUGAAGAACAGCUUUCAAGAGAUAUGAUCAAGCAUUUGAAUGAGAUUGAGGAAAAAAUACUGGAGUCUAUGGCAUGGCAAUCUGAAAGUUCUCUUUGGGAUUAUAUUGAUUCAUCGGGUCUCCCUGUACCAUCCUGUGAAGAUGUCUCACUUCCAAGCCAACUUACCGUAGAUGGUGAUGCAGGACAACACCAAGCCACAAAUCCUGUAUUGAAGCGCCUUUCAGGAGCUGGUGACAAAGGGUCUGCUUCCCCUAUUUCAUCGGUUUCGGCCGUAGAACGAUUCAAUUCUCCUGUUUCUCAAGCCAUUCCCAAGAAACGUCUGUUUGAUGGUGAACUAAUCAAACCAGGGCAAUCUUUGCUCCAAAGCAAAGUGGGAAUAGGGGGAAUUCAAAUAACAACUGUCAAGGGAGAAAAUGGUCAGCAAUACAUACCAAUUCAGUAUGUUCCUGGGGCUAACAGUGUUAUAAUUUCUGCCCAGCCAUCUGGCAGUGGAUCCACUGUCCUUAAAAAUAAAGCACCUGGUGCAUCAAACUCAGAAUCUGGUGGUGAAAAGAAGGAUGAUGACAAACCGAAGAGAACAGGCUCUCUCAGUUUAUUCUUUAGAAAGUUUUACCACUUGGGUUCCGUGAGAAUGCAAGAACUGUGCAAUCACCUUCAACUCACAGAUGCUGAGUUGAAACGAAAAAUUUGGACAUGCUUCCAACAUGCCAUCACCAACCAUGUAGACCUUAUGCGAGACCGCCACAUUGAUCAAUUAUUAAUGUGCUCAGUCUACGUCAUUUGUAAAGUUACGAAGAAUGAUCAAACCUUUACUAAUGUGAUGAAAUGCUACAGAAUGCAACCACAAGCUAGCUCACAUGUGUACCGCAGUGUGCUUCUUAAAAAAGUUACUGAGGAGUCUGGUGAGGAAACCUCUGCGGUAUCAGCUCCUCUUCCAAAAGCUUUGGGUUCACCAACUGAUGCUGCUGGAACCUCAAAUAAUUUCAGAGGGGAAGUACGAGGAGAUUUAAUUAAAUUCUACAAUGAAGUGUUUGUUACAAAAAUGAAAGCAUUUGCCCAAAAAUUCUGUUCUGAUCAGAAUGAUUCACUUCCCCUCUCCCCACUGCCUGUAUGCAAGAGUCAGCCAAGUGUUCCAAGAAGAAGAGUAACUGACAAACUGCCUGUUUUUAUAAGUUCUUUAAACCCUCAGGAUGUCACUGUCUCACCAUCUAAACUUUUGGAUUAUAAGUUCAGUCGUAGCCCAGCAAGAGAUUUGCGAGCUAUUAACAAUAUGAUUCAAGUGGAUGGCACCCGCAAAGUUGCCAAACGCUUAUUGGCAGAUGAUUCAACAGAUGAAGCCAGCCUUCCUAAAAUUUCAGCUAAUGAUUUAGUUUCUCGCAAGCUGCAUUCUAUCAUUGGUGAUAGGAUAGGUCAAUCUCAGGUUUGAUCUCUUAUCAAAGUAAUUAUAAAUACUUUGGCGGAGUUUUUGAUUUGACAAUAUUUUUUGUCGAAAGAGCUUAUUUGUUAUGUGAAACAAGAAAUAUUAUCAGAUUGUGUGACAAUUGCUUCUCAUUAUGAUCAGUAAUUUUGAACAGAUAAAUGUAUCUGUGUCUAAAGGACAAAGGCCAAUCAAGACAUUGAGAUUCUUUUAACAAUUUUUAUCAUGAAAUUAGGAGUGUUCAUUUGGAACAAGUAAAUUAGAACCUAGUCACUUGAAAAUGUUUUACCAUUUCAAAUUCCAUAUUACAGAGCAAAAAUUUGAAGAGAAAUUGAUCUGACGAUUUAUUAUGUUUAUGUCUUAUUAACUGACUGUGCACUGCUACUGCUAUAGAGAACAAUCAGCAUUGCAUUGCUUUGUCUUUUUGUUAGUAAUACGGUAUAAUAUCAACUCGUUAAUAGCGUUGAUCUUCAGUGUCUUAGAUUGAAAUUAAUUUAGCAUUUUACGCAUGCUUAAACGCUAUUCUAUUUCCUGUUUUAACCAAUGUUAUAUAUUUUAUUUUAUCAUGGCAGUAUGAACUCGUACCUUACUGUUCCUAUCAAGCCAUUCUUUUCUUUUCGGUUCAUGUAUUACCAAUCUGACUUUGCUGUACGACCAAAGUGCUGAUAAUUGUAUAAAGUACUUAUUUGAUAUGACA